AUGACAGAGGUAACUCGGAAGGUGAAGCUUGUGACGCAGCAGGCAAUUCUAGACAAUGUGCCCUCGAACGAUGGAUUCCCGAUGCGAGAAUGGUCCAUUCGUAUCUUUGUCCUAGGACCCAGUGGGGAGGAAAUGCCCGCGAGCCUCUUUGAUAAAGUAACAUAUAAGUUACAUCCGACUUUCACUAAUCCCACAAGGGUUCUAAAAAAGCCGCCAUUUCUGCUUUCCGAGCAAGGAUGGGGUGAGUUCGAUAUGGAGAUUAUUUUGCAUGGUGUGGACAAAGGUGGUGAUCACCCCAUCCGCCAUGACCUGAAUUUCCAGAAGAACAAAUAUGAAUCUAUCCACACGGUGACAUUCACGAAUCCACGUCCGAACCUCCUCAAACAACUAGCUCUCUCUGGGCCCGUACCAGGCGCAGAUUCAGCGCCACCAGAAGAAAAUGGUAUAACGAAACGCGAUAAACGUAAGAACGACGGCGAGGAGAGGGUUAAGAAGAAGUCGCGAAGCGAGCGUGCUUUUGAUAUGGAGAAGCUGGCGGAUGGUUUGCAAAAGCUUCAAGAGGAGCAUUUGCUCCAAGUCGUCCAAAUGGUGCACGACAACAAAACCCCCGAUACAUACAUUAAAAAUGAUGUUGAACAAGGGGAAUUUCAUGUUGAUUUAUAUACACUACCCCCACAUCUUACACAAAUGCUCUGGAAGUUUGUUCAAGAAUGUGGGGUCGAUGUUUAA